UGAAAACUCUCAAGGAGAAAAACUAGACGUUAGCUCUCAAAAGCGCCAUGAGCACCAAAGCCACCAUUCUCCUCUUCGCUCUCAUUUCCUUUCUCCUCUGCUCCUGCAGCAACUCCUCUGAAGUUGACGAUGAAAAAGAGUUCGAUUAUAAGGAAGGAAGCAGCAAAGGGCCAGAACACUGGUCUGAGAUCCACCCUGAAUGGGCAGCUUGCAGAGGCAAAGAGCAAUCCCCCAUUGAUCUUCUCAGCAAGAGGGUCGUCGUUCUCCCUCAACUGGGGAGGCUGAAGAGGAAAUACAAGCCUGCCCGUGCUGUCUUGAAGAACAGAGGCCAUGAUAUUAUGCUGCAGUGGGUGGGAGAAGCAGGUGGGAUUUACAUCAAGGGGGUGAAGUAUGAACUGAAGCAGUGCCAUUGGCACUCACCUUCCGAGCACUCCAUAAAUGGGUCAAGGUAUCAGUUGGAGCUGCACAUGGUUCAUGAGAGCAGGGAAGGAGGCGUAGCUGUGGUUGGGAUCCUCUACAAACUGGGCAGACCUGAUUCCUUCCUUGCCAAGCUAAUGCAUGCCAUUUCAAAAGUUGACCCAACUGAGGAAGAAGAAAUUGGAGUUGUCAAUCCAAAAGACAUAAGAAUUGGAACCAGAAAUUAUUACAGAUACAAAGGCUCCCUCACCACACCUCCCUGCACUGAAGGUGUGAUUUGGACUAUUGUUAAAAAGGUGAGAACUGCCUCAAGGAGACAAAUUCACGCCCUGAGGGAGGCCGUUCAUGAUGGUUUUGAAGUGAAUGCAAGGCCAACCCAAGGCAUCAAUGGCAGACCAAUAUUGCUAUACAAGCCCAAGUGCAUCUGAGGUCUACUUCACAAGCGUCCCUUUAGCCAUAUGACUUGUUGAAACAACCAGUUGCUUAAGGUUGUUCAAAGUAUUAGUAAUAUUUUCCAGCUACUGUCAAAAGUAAAUGAAUUCAG